CACAGAUCCGCUGCCACCACGCCUUUCUAAGCAUAGAAGCUUCCAAAAGGAAGGGGGAGGGAAAACCUCUCCCGCUCGCCCCACUUUUCUGGAGUCACUUUUUGAUGCAAAUUUACGCAGAACUGACGCGGGCGGGCGCACAGUGAAGUGGAAGUUUCUUGUUCUCCAGCAAGGACACCUACGGCGACCAAAUACAGAAGGAUGGCGGCCGCAAUGGGACUGUCCUCUUUGGUGCGUUCGCGAGCCGUUCGCGAGCUCUGCCAGAAUUCCGGAGAAACAUUUUUAGAGGCCUCCCGCUUGCUACUUACCUAUGCGGAUAAUAUCCUCAGACACCCAGAGGAAGAAAAAUAUCGAUCUAUUCGGAUUGGAAAUCAAGCAUUUUCCACUAAAUUGUUGCCUGUCAGAGGAGCUGUUGAAUGUUUGUUUGAAAUGGGAUUUGAGGAGGGUGAAACACACCUUGUUUUUCCAAUGGAAGCUUCAAUUGAUAAGCUGCGCAAAAUUCGAGAUUUAAUUGCUGGGGAAAGAACUAGUCGAUUAAAUGGAUCAAAUCAACUCGAAAGGUCAAGAUCCUCUGAGGGGAUAACAAACGUGGAGCCUGAUGCACCUCAACCAUCAACAAAUGCUGAUUCUAAACUAACCCCCACCCACAGAACACUACAGUCAUCAGCUGCAGAGUCUGCUGUCAUGACAGGUGAACCAAUUUUCUUAAACACGCUUCAAUCAAACUUUCAACAUGUAAUGAUAUAUGAAAACCUUGGCUUACAAAAGAAGGCACUGGCUUGUAUCCCAGUCUCGGAACUGAAAAAGAAAGCUCAAGAUAGUCUAGCACAAUCAAGAAAGACUGAUGGAGGCUCCCUUGUGAAUGAACAGGAUUUUCUGUUGCUGGAGCUCCUGAACUGGUUUAAAUGUGAUUUCUUCCAGUGGGUAAACAACCUUCCUUGCAGCAAAUGUGACGGCCCAACAGAAGCAAAAGGUAAUUUGUCCCCGAGUGAGGAUGAUCUGAAAUGGGAUGCGAGUCGAGUUGAAAAUCACUUCUGCAACCAGUGCCAGUUGAGCACCAGGUUUCCAAGGUACAAUAAUCCUGAGAAACUUCUGGAAACGAGGCGUGGGCGUUGUGGAGAAUGGGCCAACUGCUUUACCCUCUGUUGCAGAGCUAUGGGUUUUGAAGCAAGAUACAUUUGGGAUGCAACAGAUCAUGUGUGGACAGAAGUUUAUUUUUCAUCACAGCAGAGGUGGCUUCACUGUGACCCUUGUGAAAAUGUCUGUGAUAAACCCCUUCUAUAUGAGAUUGGAUGGGGGAAAAAACUUUCCUACAUUAUUGCAUUCUCUAAAGAUGAGGUUGUUGAUGUAACCUGGAGAUACUCUUGUAAACAUCAAGAACUACUUUCUAGAAGGACACAGAUCGAAGAAGCAGUGCUACGUGAAACCAUCAAUAACUUUAACAAAGUGAGACAGCAAUCUUUAACUGAAGGCAGAAGAAGGGAGCUCUUAGAGAGGAUCAUUGUGGAGCUUGUUGAAUUUAUUUCCCCCAAAACUCCAAAGCCAGGAGAACUUGGUGGAAGGAUAUCAGGAUCCGUGGCAUGGAGAGCAGCAAGAGGUGAAAUUGCCUUAGAGAACAAGGAAGUUGUUUUUAUUCCUACUGGAAAAGAGAAGACCUCUAAACUUCUUCACCUCAGAUACAAUAUAGUGAAAGAUUGUUACAUGCGAAUAUCCAAUAAUAAUGAAAAAAUUAAUGGUUGGGAGAAAGGUGUAUGGAAGAUGGAAUCAGUAUGGAGAAAGGUUGAAUCAGACUGGAAGAUGGUUUAUUUAGCCCGAAGAGAAGGAUCACUGUCUGGUUACAUCAGCUGGAAGUUUGAGAGUGGUUCCUUCGGUUUAAAAAUAGAAAACGUUUCUGUCAGAACCAGCAGUCAGACAUUUCAGAGUGGAAAAGUACAGUGGACCUUGUGCUCUGGAAACAUAGAAGCUGAUGUAAAUGCAGAUAAAAACCUUCACUCUUACCCUGAUAUUUCCAACGUGACAGAUGUUCUUUUGAAAGCAGAACUUAGCGGAGGGGACGGUGAUAUUGCAUGGCAACACACACAGCUGUUUAGACAAAGUUUAAAUGAUGGAGAAGAUUGUUUUGAGAUCAUUAUAAAAUUCAGUGAACUUUGAAUAUCUGAAAAAGGAAGGCACCUGUGUCAAGUAAGGACUUCUGGGACAAAAUGUUCGAAAGCAUAAAUAGGAAUUUCAUGCCCAUAACAGUGCAUUUUAAUUGGACAAUUGUGAAGAAAGUGCAGCCUGGACUUAUACACGCCACUGUUGUUGUUUGGGAGGGUGGGGGGAGGCAUAGGAGGAAGAUGCCAGCAAGGCAAACCAUUGAGAGGCUGACCGGCAUGGAAACAGCCUGCUAUGUCAGGCUACCAGGAAGCAGAGCUUGCAGGCCUUUAAGAAUGAAUCUGGUGCUGGGCUCACCCCCCACCCUGUUUUGGAUCAACAGUUUGCUCGCCUACCCUUUGUUUUAUCAGUGGUAAUUGUAUGUUUUCUGGGAUGUGUUGUUUUGUAUUUCACUUGCUUUAUGUCACACCGUGGAAGAUCAGGCAUCGGGAUGGAUCCUUCUAGGGGGAGGCUGUGCCUUCAUGCCUGUCUUCCCAUUUUUGGUGCCCCAAUAAGGGGCCUUGGGGUGUAUAGCGACUCAGAAGCAUGUCCAAGCAGGGGCAAGUGGCUGGCUUACACCUUUAGGUGGCAAGGGGACCAUGGAGAGACCAGUGACUGCUUUGCUCCCAAUUACUUGCCACUCUACAGGUUUUCCCCCAGCAGGUGAGCUGGGGUAUAGGAUUCAUUAGGUUAGCAGGUGGGUCGCCCGAUGCCAAAUCCAUCCCCAUGCUGCACCUGUGUGGGGUGUUUUUUUCCUUUGCCUAGAUGUUAAUAAACAAUCUUUGGCCAGCAAAUUUUACCAAAGAGGUGGUGUUUGUGUGUAUUUUGUUUCUCAUGGCUCCUCACUUUUCCCCUCCUCAAACUAGCGAAUAGAUUUUGUUAAUGUGGCAUGCAAAGAAAUCAAGUGUGCCCUUGAAAACGUAGGCCAAGUGUCUAAUCAUCCAAAAAUGUAGCAUUUUGUGUUCAAAGAUGGGGGAGAAACCGAAGGACCCCGUUCUGCACAUAUUUACUUGUUAGUCAGCCUCAUUAGACACAAUGUAAUAUACAUUUGAGCAAACAAGCACAGGAUCUGGUUGCAUGUCAUUCUAGCCUGGGACUCCUACUUCCUUCUAUACUGGAAAGUUUUUUUUUUUUUAAAUGAAAAUUGAAUUAACUUUGGAUCUAGAGAUUACUUUAAAAAUAGCUACUUGUAAUGCUUGAACUUUCUGUUUGCUUGUAAUUAUUGCUCGCAGUUUAUUGCAUUCAUAAUAUUGAAGAAAUAUUAUGGAUCUGUGGAAUAAUUAACAGCUCCUAAUGGCACUUUUGGUUGAAUUUAAAUUCUGUUUAGGCAUUCAACAAAACUUUGUGGACAGAAUAGCUAAUUUGGAUGUCUGCUAAGUUCUUAAAUUUUCCAAGUUAAAUAUGUACUGUAAUUUAAGAAUUAAAUAUUUUGGACCUUGGAUAUCAAGACAAAAUUGUGUCUCUAAAAUAUUGUCUUAGGCUAUGAUGUAAAAAUGGAGGUUUGCUUGCCUAAAACUAUAAAGUUUUGAUAAUAAGA